GCCCGCCCGCCCGCCCACCCCCGCCGCCGGGAUGGCGCUGCUGCUGGGCGACCCCGCCGGCCCCCGCCUGCCCUCCUUCGCCUCCUUCUGCAGCCGCGACGGCCACUGCGCCCACACGCCGCCGCCGCUCCCCAAAAAUGGAAGUGCAGCAUGCAGGCGAAGCUGCUGCAGCCGUGUCCCCUACCGGGAGGGGCCCCAGAGACCGUGGUGGACUGCUGCCCCGAGGCCGACGAGGACCUCAACACCGUGCUGGACCUGAUCCUCGCUCUGGGCGCUGAGGACCCCUUUGCCCAGGACCCCUCCUGCGGGGAGUGCGACGGGAGGGCCCUGGAAGCUGGCCCCUUCUACGAGCCGAGCCCCCAGCCCGGAUGCUACAACCUGCCGGAGCGGGGCAGCCCCCGCUGCCACGCGGGCCGCGUUGCAGCCGGACCGGACGAACUACAGCCUCCUGACGGUCAGGGGCGCUGCUGUGGCCUCGGCUUUAUGGGACAGCGGAGGCGUAUGGGAGAGCUGGAGCCGGAGAUGGGCGGCACGGGCCGCUGGUGGGGUCUGGUCCCUCGGCCCAGCCCCAGGAUCAAGCAGGAAGGCAGUCCGCCUUGUAUGAUGGCCGGCUCCCCCCAGAUCCCUGGGGCAGAGACCCCGCCCUUGGGCCCCGACGAUCUCAUGGUGGUGGAGUGCCAAGGGCAGGUGCCCCUGCCCGUUCCCCAGGGCUGCCAUCCCGCGGCUGGCUACACGCACCCGCCAAGCCACCUCCGGUACCCGAGCGCUUCUCCCUUCAGCCUGUUUGAAGAGGGGCCCUGCCAGCCCUCUGACCCGAGGGGCAUGCUCACCCCCCCAUCCUCUCCCCUGGAGCUGCUGGACGCCAAGCCCAAGAGGGGCCGCCGGUCCUGGCCGCGCAAACGGACUGCCACGCAUUAAUGCUGCACCUAAGCACCGGCUGCGAGAGCGGACACCAAGAGCUCGCACCUGAAGGCGCACCUGCGGACACAUACAGGCGAGAAGCCCUACCAUUGCAACUGGGAUGGAUGCGGCUGGAAAUUCGCUCGCUCUGACGAACUCACGCGCCAUUACCGCAAGCACACCGGGCACCGCCCCUUCCAGUGCCACUUGUGCGACCGAGCGUUCUCCCGCUCCGACCACCUGGCUCUGCACAUGAAGCGGCACAUGUGACGGGGCGGAGCCAAGAGGACGCCCCAGAACUUUGGGGGGCUGCCUAACUGGUACUAUGUCUGUGGGAGAGACUGAGUGGGCCGUGGGCUGGAGGUGGCAUCUGAGUCUCUCCUGAUUCCUGCUGCCUGUUCUCCACGACCCGGGCAAAUGGAGCUUAUUUAUGGGCCGCUGCCGGCGCCUAGAAAAGUGACCAAGGGCUGUCCAGAUGUGGAGACCGCAGCUGACAGAUGGCCUGGAGACCAUAAGCUGGAAGCGCCACGAGGACUAUUUGGGAGGGACUCGGGGUUCUCCCCAACCAAAGCAUCCAGAUCUUUCAACCAUGGUGGCUUAAACUGUGCAUCUCAAACUUGCGUGAUCUACACUAGGAACACGGGGCUCGAUGUCCUGUUGAAGAACUUUUAAAAAUAUAAAUAUUGUUAAUAUUUUUAUAGACAAAUACGCACGUUAACAGACAAAUGGAUAUGUUGCCUGCUCUUUUUUUUUUACCUGAAAAUAUUUUUAACAUUUUGUAAAAUAAAGCAAUCUUUCGCCGA